AUGCUAGAGCAAGUACAAAGAACAGCGGCUCGCUUCGUGUACCGUGACUACCGAUACACCACAUCACCAUCGGCUCUUGUGGCAGCUCUAGGGUGGGACACGCUAUACACACGUCGAAUCCUUGACCAAUGCACCCUUCUCUACAAGAUCCAUUACCGUCUUGUCUCCAUACCUGCACCAACUAUUGUCACCCCUGCUACAUACUUCGGAAGACACGACCACAACCUGAAGUAUGUAAUUCCUGUUGCAACUAUUGACUCCUUCAAGUUCUCAUACUACCCAAGAGCAAUAAGGAUCUGGAAUCAUCUGCAAGUGUUAUCAUGCCCCGACAUCAUAAAGGCGCCACCUGACGGUGACGUCACCUGUACAAAUGGUAAUAACCAGCAGAGUGUGUGUACUUACUCGUGUCAAGCUGGGUACGCGAUACCACCCAGUCAGAGCCGGGAGCGUGUUUGUACCUCGACAGGAUGGACUGGAACUCAACCAGCGUGCGAAGAUUCAUCGCCGCCAGUGUUCAUCUCCUGCCCUCCGUCGCAGAUCAUUUACGCAGACGAGCUAGAGGAUACAGCAGUAGUGACCUGGGUGGAUCCAACCGCAUCCGACAAUUCUGGCGAGACUGUGAUUCCUGUCCAAACACAGGGUUAUCCGUCUGGUUCAAGAUUCAGCCAGAACUACCACGUCAUUAAGUACACGGUAUCUGAUAGCUCUGGCAUGUCCUCUACUUGCAUCUUUACCAUCACCGUGCAAGUGAUUAUGUGUCGAAGCAUUCCGAUCUACCCGGGUCUUACAGUCAGCUGUCCAAAUGGAAACAUGCGAGGUUCUGUGUGUACGUUUACCUGUUCGACUGGGUAUCGUCUCGGUGGGACCGACUCCAUAAAAUGCGCGAAAAUUGGAAAUGCUGGAAAUUGGACAGAUAGCGCACCACAGUGUCAGAUUUUGGAGUGCCCAGUGGUUAAUGCCCCCGACAAUGGAGAUUACGUUGGCGGUCAACCAUGUCAACGGAGUUACGGAUCAUCCUGCUACUUCAUGUGUAACGCUGGGUACUUCAUCGAUAACAAUGUCUUGAGAUGCGCAGCUCAACCCGGAAGUGAAGAGGCCUUGUGGGUGGGUACUCCACCUACUUGCACAGUUGAGAUGUGCGAAGUACCUCCAUUGGCCAGUGGAAUGCACUACGUUAUCAACACGACAUGCGAAGAGCAGAAUCAAUUGGAGCUGGGAGAGGAGUGCGAGUUCGAAUGCGGUAAUGGGUUCAACCUGUAUGGAUCUGAAGUCUUGACUUGUGGGAUAGACGGGGAGUGGCAACAGCAGGCUCCUGUUUGUGAAGUUGUGACGUGUAUCAACAGCGAUAUACCCAAACCUCUGCACGGCAUAAAGAGUGGAUGUCCGAAUGUGUUUGAGAAAUAUGGAACAGUCUGUCGAUUUACUUGUGAUACCGGCUAUCUCCCUUCUGGGUCGGUAUCUCGAGCUUGCAUGGAUGAUGGAGACGGUAAUGGAGUGUGGAGUGGCGGACCGGUCUCAUGUACAGUUGUUCAGUGCAAUCCCCUCGAGGUAACUGUGAACGGGUAUAUUGAGUCCUGCCGACUUGGCGGAGAAGAGACGGGUGUUUCCACUAAGCAGGAUUAUGGAACCACGUGCAACGUUCUGUGUAACUCAGGCUACACAGCUCAGGGUGCAACAUCGAGACGUUGUCUGGCUGACGAAAAAUGGGAUGGCAUUGCUCAAAGCUGCAUCGACCUUACUCCUCCCAUCUUAAAUUGUCCACCUGACCGAGUGAUAUUUGCUCUGGCUGGUCAAUCAAAAGCUGAACUACACUGGGAAGACUGGGAACCUGUUAAGGCAACUGAUGGCAGUAUCCAAAUAACGGCGACUCUAGCCUCAAUAGACUCUGUCCCAGUCUCUGGAAACAACAGGCCCGCUUUUUUCGAUGAGGGAUCUCACACUAUUGUCUAUCGUGCGACUGACACGGCUGGCUUCACGGCUACAUGUUCAUUUGAAGUAGAGGUCAAAGUUACUCGCUGUGCCCCGCUUUACCCACCCUCAAAUGGUGACAUCACACUCUACUUGGGUCAAGGGUCAUGUGAGGGUGGCGCAGUCUAUGGAGCUGGCUGUCUGAUCAAGUGUGACACUGGGUUUAUAAUAUCAGACGGCAAUGUUACAACUGAGCGAUAUUGCUUACGAAUGUCUGACACAACCACAGUAGGAUACUGGAACGGAACGCAGCCAGAAUGCGAUGAUGUGACAUGCGCAGUACCCGAUAUCACGAAUGGUCACGUGACAGGCUGUCCACCAAUAAAAGCACAGUAUCAAGACCAGUGCGAAUUUGGAUGUGAUGACGGCUAUCGAUCAAGUACCACUGAUAAGGUCGUCAUGAGGACAUGCCAAGCCAAUGCAACCUGGAGCAACUUCGAACUACUUUGUGACAUCAUCGUGAGUUGUCCCGCCAAUAUCAGCCUGAAGUACGGAAGUGUAACCCCUGACAUCUGCACCAAGCCUGACCCCGUGCCCUUUGACACUGAAUGUAACUUCCAGUGUGAGAGUGGAUUCCGUAUGUAUGGUCCUUAUUCCAAGUUAUGCACUUCAGACGGAAGUUGGAACGAUCAAAGAAGUGUCGGAUGCGAGGACGUGCAGUCUCCUGUGUUUGAUAAUACAUGUCCGAUGUAUGUUUACGAAAACGCUGAGAAGAAAACAACUCACACAACAGUGUGGUAUGAUGACAUUACAGCCACCGAUAACUCUGGAUUCGUUACUGUUAUAAAGUAA